CGAUAUUUUAGUCGUGAGUAACACUUUGUUUUGUAUUAAUACCCAAAGCGAAGAUAAUAUUAUUCGUAUGGGCAGAGCCCUAUUUCAUAUGAUAAUGUUGAAGGCCACAAGGCGAGUUGAUAGAUCCGCGUCGGAAUUUUUGAAAAUCGCUGGAGUAAUGCGUUUAAGAGCAGACGAUAUAAAACCUUCGGAGUCGUUAUAUUUUUUCGGAGUUAUAAUAUUUCGAUACACAUGUGUCACUGGCAUCUGCAUGCAAGAUUCGGUUCCAGUGUACUUUUUAGUCCUAUAGUUUCCAAUAUUCCGAUUUACUGACAAACGGACGGACAUACUUUAUCUAUACUUGUUGAUAAUAAAUAAUGAAGUUACAGGGUAGAAAACUCUUCCUUCUACGUUUUACACACUUUCAACGAUCAAGUAUACCCUUUCAAAGAAUGGGGUAUAUAUAUUGAUAUAUUGCGAUCUUCACUCGACAAAUACAGAAUCUAAAUAGUCCAGGAACCAGAGGAUAAACCUGCAGGAAUGUUCAUGGACUGCUGCUUAUCGGACCAGGCUUGUGAGGAAAGGCGUAUCAGCAGGGAAAUCGAUAAGGUCCUGAAAGCGGAAAAGAAGAAAGCACGAAGAGAACUUAAGAUAUUGGUCCUGGGCACAGGUGAAUCUGGCAAGACCACAUUCAUCAAACAAAUGCGCAUUAUUCACGGAAACGGAUUUUUGAAGAAGGAGAGGGAGCAGUUCACCAAAAAUGUUUUCCAAAACAUAUUCAUGGCCAUGCAGUCGAUGAUCAGUGCAAUGGAUACUCUGCAGAUUCCCUACGGUCAGCAGGAGCAUAGUAAACUUGCUGAUCUUGUGAAGAGCAUCGAUUACAAGACAGUUACCACACUGGAGGCGCCCUACUUGAAUGCCAUCAAAACGCUUUGGAAAGAUGCUGGCAUCAAGGAGUGCUACCAUCGUCGUAGGGAAUAUCAGCUGACUGAUUCCACUGAAUACUUUUUGAACGACAUAGCUCGAAUUGAACGGAGUGAUUACUAUGCAACUGAUCAGGACAUUCUUCAUGUUCGAGCGCCAACAACCAAUAUUGUUGAGUAUCCCUUUAAUUUGGACGGUUUUCUGAUUAGAUUGGUGGACGUCGCUGGUCAACGAACAGAGAGAAGAAAGUGGAUUCAUUGUUUUUCCAAUGUGACAUCACUUAUGUUUUUGGUUGCCAUGUCCGAGUUUGAUCUAACUUUGGCAGAAUCGGAGAAUGAGAAUCGUAUGAUGGAAUCUAAAGCUUUGUUUCACCAUAUAAUAUCGUUUGAAUGGUUUCAACGCUCGUCCGUGAUUCUGUUUCUAAACAAAGAGGAUUUAUUUAAACAGAAAAUAUUGUCAUCGCAUUUGGCAGACUAUUUUCCUGAAUAUAAUGGUCCAAAGAAGAAUGCUAGGGCGGCCCGAGAAUUCAUACGGCACAUGUUUACUAGCGUGAAAACUGAUCCUUACAAGUUAAUCUAUUCUCAUUUCACCGUUGCUACAAAUACUGAAAAUAUUAAGUUUGUGUUCACUGCUGUCAAGGACACAAUUCUGGAAUUGCAUUUAAGUGAAACUAAUUUGCUGUGACCUCGAUUUCUACAAAAUGUCUAUUUAAAUCAUAUUGAUGAGGAACAAGGUUUGCGUAUCAUAUUUUAAAAAUAAGAAAAUAAAUGUAUGUACAACAGAAAA